GGGAGUUCCGGCGGUCACCUGAUACACUCAGCUUCCGGUCUCCACCUUGUUGCCAUGGUGUCGCUGUUGGGAGUUUCGUGUCUUGUGAUCGUGGCUGUGUUGUGGGGAGGGACAAACCCGUUUCUGAAGAAAGGGACCGAGGGAAUCGAAGACGUGAAGAAAGGGAACGCGGUCUUGCAGUUUCUUGCAGAAAUCCGGUUUCUUUUUCUCAAUUAUAAGUAUUUGGUGCCGUUUCUUUUGAAUCAGAGUGGAUCAGUCAUUUACUAUCUGACACUGGCCUCUACAGACUUGUCUUUAGCUGUGCCUGUAUCCAGCUCCCUCACAUUCCUCUUUACACUGUUAACAGGGAAGCUCUUGGGUGAAGAAAUUGGUGGGAAACGGGCUGUGUUUGGGAUGUUUCUCACUAUGCUUGGCGUUACACUCUGUGUGGCCAGCUCUGUUGGGGAGAACAGCUAAAAGAGAUAGCUUGUAUACCCAACUAUGAAAAGGGAGCAAAAUACUGAAAAAGAAAAGCAGUCACAUGGACUGCCCUGGUCUACACAGUGCCCCGAUACUACAGACCAUGCCCUGGUUGUAGGAACUGAUGCAGGUGCUCUGAGGCCAGCAACACCUGAGUCUACUGUGUGCUCCAAACACGUCCUGGUUCCAUACCAAGGAAUCUUCAGAAGGAAGAUUCUCAAGAACUGUACAUGCUGUCCUUAUCGCGGCAUUGUGUGCAAGCUGCAGCAGACACUAUAAAAUGAGAUCUUCAGACAGGAGUGUUUACACUUAAAGGGCAGUUGCAAAAACAAGGAACAUGCAGGUCACAGAUCCUUCCAAAUCAUUCAAGAAAAACACACCACAUUUAUAUAUAUAAAGUUAGAUUUUUAUUUAAACUAAGUAGACAUAUUGAAGUAAUUUGUAAGCUCCAGACAGUAAACAGUUUGUCUCUUGCAAAAAAAAAAAUCUGUAACUAUUG